CUUCAUAGUUCUAGCUACUUUGCAAUCAAAUAUUUACAGAGAAAAUGAUAUGAAAUAUAAUCCUGGUAGUUCAGUUAUAGAAAGUAUUCCAGAUGAACACUCCACGUGUAUGGAUCGGAGGAUGGAGGCAGGUGGAGCAUCUAGAUCCAACGAAAGCGCAUACAGUUUACCAAGUUGAGGUCACUACAUCCUCUGGUAGUUAUACAAGAGUGGAGAGAAGGUAUUCAGCAUUCCUGUCCUUACACAAGGAUUGUCGGAAGUAUUAUUGCACUGAACCCUUUCCUCCUAAACGAAUCAGGAAUACAACUGCACGUGUACUGGAGUCUAGAAGAGCAGGACUAGAACACUAUAUUCAAUCUCUCGCCAAGUUACGCCCUACUCCACCUCAGCUCGCAGCAUUCCUCCAGCUACCCUCCCUCGGGGACUCGGAUCAGGCGGACUACCACGCCACUGUUAUUGGGUUCAUUAAAGAUCCAUAUCUUGAAGAUACGCCUCCUAUCCUAGAAGAUAUGAUUACGCAAGCGAGUGUAUGUGCCUUCUAUGAUAGUUAAAACAAUCUAGACAACGACGUAAAUUCUGCAAUGGGCAAAAUCUUUGUACACAUUUAUACAACUCGAUGAACCUUGAAAAAAUUGAUAAAAAUGUAUUAUACUGUUAAAAAAAAUUGAACCAAUACUGUUAAAGAAAAGUGAUUUUAUUGAUCUCGUAUUACUGCCCUGCUCCUGAUAGGUGUAAAAAAAGUGAAGGUCACUCUUCACAAGCUCUCCAGAUUACAAAUAAACCCAAGGAGGGAUCUCAACAAAUGUUUUGAAUAAAUACGAGAAGUGAAGAUCUGUUAAUAGUGUAAUUGACAGUAGUAAGCUGGAAGAAAGAAGAUGAACACUAAGCGUCGGCAAUUCAUCAACUUUUCCCUAGUUUGGUUGGCAUACUGCUCAACUUACUUUAUAAGAAAAAAUAGAGAAAACAAAUUUGUUAAGCCGCUAGGCGUGGUGAAGACUGUGCUAGGGAUGGAGUUGGGUCUCAAUAUGUCUGAGUUGGGUUGGUUAGAUGUUGCAGCUAUACUACCGUAUGCAGCUGUACAGAUAGGAUAUCCUGGAUUGUCUAGCAAAUAUGGAGCCCAAAUCACACUACGAAUUUGCUUAGUCGGAGCCGCUGUAUCUUCAGUUUUUUCGUCUUUAGUCUCAUCAUUCUCUACUCUUGUUCUCGCUCUUCUUUUUACUGGAGUAUUCUUGGCUCCCUGCUGGCCAGCCUGUUCUCUUCUUCUCUCCACCUGGUUUCCUAGUUCCAAGCACAACUUUGUGUUUGGUCUGAUAAAUACCGCAACAUAUUCAGGGGGGUUAGGAGGAACAGCUCUGGCAACUGCACUUCUUCAAUAUUCAGGUUGGAGAUCAGUAUUUCUAGCUCCAGCACUUCUAGCAGUUCUAGUCUCAGUAUUUCUCCUUUGCAUUUUACCAAUACAGUCAGAAAAUAUUGUUCGAGUUUCAGCAUCAGGUGAGAAGCUGAGUUCUUCUCUUGGUUCUAAUUCUAACCAACCUUCUCUUGUAAAAAUACCAGCUGUCAGAGAGUUAUGCAUCUGCAUGUUUUGUCUGAAGUUUGUUCGCUACUUCAUGUACAUGUGGUUACCCCUAUACCUGGUUCAACACCUGGAGUACUCUGCUCUUCAAGCUGGAUUCAUGUCAACUCUCUUCGAUAUCGGAGGAAUAUUUGGAAGUCCACUCCUAGGAAUACUGUUAGACAAGUGGUUCUCCCACGCUCCCAUGAAACCCGUGUCUAUAGUUAUGAUGGCAGGUGUUUUAUCUCUAGCUCUCUUCAUCAUAACUUCAACCUGGGGACGAUUAUUCAACGGUAAAUAUUGUCAUUUUGUGAGGCAGGGUUUUAUUAAUUAUUAAAAAAUAAAAAUAUGG